UCUGCCUCUGUCAACGGGCCCGGUGCCUCUGUCAACGGGCCCGGUGCCUCUGUCAACGGGCCCGGUGCCUCUGUCAACGGGCCCGGUGCCUCUGUCAACGGGCCCGGUGCCUCUGUCAACGGGCCCGGUGCCUCUGUCAACGGGCCCGGUGCCUCUGUCAACGGGCCCGGUGCCUCUGUCAACGGGCCCGGGGUG